CUUCAAAAUGGCGGACAUUCUUUCCUGUUCAGGAAGUCUCCCAGUGGCAUUGCCAAACGUUGAAUCGUAGUUCAACCACAACGUUAAGAUGUCGGGAGGAUUAGACGCGCUAGCUCUGAAGGAGGAUGACGUUACCAAGAUGUUGGCCGCAUGCACUCAUCUGGGCAGUGACAACGUUAAUUUUCAGAUGGAACAGUACGUCUAUAAACGGCGUGCCGAUGGUGUGAACAUCAUCAACCUUCGUCGUACUUGGGAGAAGCUUUUGUUGGCUGCUCGUGCCAUCGUAGCGAUCGAGCAUGCCAGCGAGGUCUUCGUCAUCAGUUCUCGGCCCUACGGCCAAAGGGCUGUUCUCAAGUUCGCCGCUCACACAGGCGCUACUCCGAUCGCCGGACGUUUCACGCCUGGUGCAUUUACCAAUCAGAUUCAGGCUGCUUUCCGCGAACCUCGUCUGCUAAUCGUCACCGACCCAGUCACCGACCAUCAACCCAUCACCGAAGCGAGUUACGUUAACAUCCCUGUAAUCGCAUUCUGCAAUACCGAUUCGCCUUUGAGAUUCGUCGACAUUGCAAUUCCGUGCAACACUAAAAGCUGGCACAGUAUCGGGCUGAUGUGGUGGCUUCUAGCACGCGAAGUACUUCGUCUCCGAGGGUCAAUUCCCCGCGAAACCAAAUGGGAAGUCGUCGUCGAUCUCUUCUUCUAUAGGGAUCCGGAAGAGGCCGAGAAGGAAGAACAAGCGGCGAAAGAAAUCGCAGCACCGGCAAAGAUGGACUUCAUCAGUAGCGCCGAAGCUCCGCCGACCGCUGAGGCUGGAUGGGCUAACGAAGUUGCUGUCAUUCCGGCGACCGAGAACUGGGCCGACGAUACUGGCGCUGCACCCGCAGUUGUUCCCCCCGCUGGUGCACCUGCUGCUUUUGCACCCAACGAGGACUGGGCUGCGCAGGUACAAGACGAGUGGUCAGCGACUCCGCCUGCUGCCACCGCAGCUGCUGCAGCACCUGCUCCUACCCAGAGCUGGGGUGGAGCGCCGACUGAGAAAUGGUAAUCGCGUUGCUUUCAGAGCUAUCGCGUGUUGCUAAAUCACUUUGUAAUACAACACAAUAAUAAAGUGAAAAAUUAAAUCACA